AUGGCUGCAGCUUCUGUCAACACGGGCUGGACUCAGCUACGGCAACAAGCGCGGAGUCUAGAAACACAGACCGAGACUCUAUUCCACACAUACUCCCAGUUCUCGACGGUAGCAGAUAUACCAGCAAGGCCCACCGAGGAGGAAAGGACAACGGAAGCGAAGUUACAAGAACUCCUUGAAAAGCGUGAAAACGUCAUCUCCCAACUUUACCGCCUUCUCGACUCGGAAGCGACCCUUACCUCCUCUGCUACAAAGCAUAGUAACCUUGCUCUCUCCCGUGAGAAGCUCGCCGAGCACAAGCGCGACCUUGUCCGCUUGCGCAAUACCAUUGCCCAGGCCCGCGACCGCGCCCAUCUGCUCACUAACGUUCGCUCCGACAUUGACGAAUAUCGUGCCAACAAUCCCGAGGCUGCCGAGGCUGAGUACAUGCUUGCCGAGCGUAGUCGCAUCGAUAACAGCCAUAACAUGACCGACAGCGUCCUCGCCCAGGCCUACGCCGUUCAGGAUAGCUUCAACAUCCAGCGUGAGACCCUCGCUAGCAUCAACCGCCGAAUCACCAUGGCUGCUAGCCAGGUUCCUGGGCUCAACAGCCUCAUCGGCCGCAUCUCGGCCAAGAAGCGUCGUGACGGCAUCAUCAUGGGCGUCUUCAUUGCAUUUUGCUUCCUCCUGUUUUGGUGGUUCAUAUGA